AAAUUAAAUAGCAAGGUACAUGGUUUAGGGUUGAUGUGUACAGCUGUUUAUCUAUUUAAAAAAAAAAACGGUUAAAUAUGUCGUAGUCUGUAUUAAAAAGGUAGCUUGUUUUUUUUUUUAAACCUUAAGAUUUCUUUCAAGAAAUGUGGAAGGAUACUGAACAAAUAAACCAGUGAGGGAUGAAAAUAUAAUACAGACCAUGACACUCAAAGAAAUACCUACUUUGUUAUUGUAAUUUUAAACACUUGUAUUACGGGUGUGUUUGUUUUGUAAAUAAGAAUGGCCUGUACUGAAAAUGCUACCUGUUUAAUAUUUAAAAGCUGAUUUAUUUAUUUAUUUUGCUACUAUUGAGAACUAUCUUCUUGAUCUAGCGACUGCAGGGAGGUCUCCUGUAACGUAGAACCCAAAGUGCUGAAACGCAACUAGAAUUAGCAAUCUUACAUCGACUAUGAACUCACACUUGCGACAUGUCCUCAGUUUGUAAUUCAUAAUAGUUUUGUCCUAUUUUACGGGCCGUAGAUGUAUUUUUGGCUCGCCCAGUUGUACUUAUGCUCCAAUUAAAUGCCUGCUUAUUCAGUUCUGUGUUAGAAGCUGCGAAGUGAUUCGAUCCUGCGCCAGCAGUUGUUUUUGUUGGUUGCUGCAGAUUGCUUUUUAGUCUUGCUUGUCACACGGAGUUUAAAAAAAGUCUACGCAUAUAAAUAGGGUUUCUGUGUAUGAACAAUCAGCUGGGACAUAAUUCACUCAUCAUCUUUUUACAAAUCAGGAUGUCCACAAACCCUUAUGGGAAGAAAAAAAGCUUUCAAGCUGGAGCUUCAGGAUUUUCUUCCUCAUCCUCCUCCUCUUUCAGAGGUCCUGCAGGAGACCAUGGUACCAGCUUCCCACCAAACAAGCGCCACAAAGGGCAUGAUGACAGAAUGGAGCCAGCAGCUAAUGCCUUUGAGGGUGACGAUGACUUCACACAAGACGACUUGGAGGAAAUUGACAUUUUGUCAUCCCAGGCAUUUAGGAUUGAGGGUUCAGUGGUCCUAAAUGCAGGUGUGCAGAGCAGACCAAAUUCCACAGCCACCUUUACACUGGGCAACAGUCAACACAGGAGCACAGGGACUGGCAGUACGUCAAGGAAAGAGAUGGAGCAGUUUGGCUACGAGACAAUUGAAACACACCAUGCAGAACUAAAGGGAAAGUUAAAAGAAGUGGAAGAUAAGCUGCUGCUGAAGACUGGUGAAAUCAAAGUGCUGCGGGAUUCACUGCGACAGAUUGAACAGGAGCGGGACCAGCAGAGGAAAGCUCAGCUCCUCGAGGAGAGGGAGAAAGCCCAGGCUCACAGUGACAAGGAAAAGGAAUUAUUGAAAAAGGUGCAAUCCCUGCAGUCUGAACUGCUCUUUAAAGAAGCAGAGGUGACUGAGAUGAAAACCAAGCUCCAGAGCUGUGAAAGAGGGACUACAUCUGCAGCUGUUUCUGUUUCAAAAACGAGGCAGAGUUCUUCUGGGAUGUUGAGGCAGGAUAUCGCUGCCUCUCCUUUGGCCACUCAGAAUUCAUUCCUUACCAAGGAGACCUUCGGUGCUGAAAUGGCUUCAAAGCACUCACCAUUAAAGGAUCAGGAGAUCAACCUGGGCUGUUCUGCCAAGGAAGAUGAAACAAUGUCAGAGACAAAAAGUGUGUACUCCUCUGAUCACAACAGGCAUCCUAAAGGAUCCAUUCUAAUAAACCUCCUGCUUCAGCAUCCCCUGGGUCCUGGCUCUCUAGGUCUGUGUCACCUAAUCAGCGUCCGCCCUGACGCUCUAUCUGGCUCCUUGUCACAACAUGGCUGCUUCAACACUGGUUCAUCAUUGAGCUCCAGUGGUUGGUCAGCAGAGACUAAAACAAGCCAUAGAACUCACAAGGGUUUCAGCCAAGCACAGAGUCUGGCCAUCUCAGGACUUAACAUGCUGGCUCUCGACCAAUACCUUCUUGACUCUGCUGAAGAAUCCCUGCAGCCUGGCACACGCAGAAGCCACUCAACUGCAGUGCACCUUUUACCUAUAGUGGAGUAUCACGUUGGUAUGUACUGCUGGGCACUACAGGCAAAGGAGAUUUCUGGGAGCCCACUGAGAAGUUGCCAACCGUCAUCCUCCUCUUCUGAAGGAAGUCUUGGCUCCAGUGCUGAAGAGUCCUUGUCCAGCCUUGAGGAAUUUGCAGUUACAGCACUGACAGUUCUUUAUCAUUUAGUUUCCGAGAGCAAGGAGGUUGUACAUGCUCUGCUUUCUCAUCAGCCAAAGGAAGAGGUUCAAGAAAGCGAUGCAGCUUGUCCGAGCAAUAACAAGCUGGGGCCUGCCAGGCUUCAUGAGACUUCAAACAAGCCUGUGGAAGCUGGGGACCUCCUUCACCCGCUGUUGAAGAAGCUAUUGCAGCUCACAGAUCCAGCUUUCACAAAUACUCCCCGUCACAGAGACACUGUGUUGAUCCCCAGUUGGAAGACUUUGAACAUGCUGGCUGAGAGUGCUCCAGAGGAACAGUUACUAAGGUUCCAGGUCUUCCUUAGCAGCCAGGCUCUGGUGCGAUGUUUGUCCCCGGACUCUUCAUGUGCUGUUGUUCAGCACGCUGUCAGACUGCUGGCAUCCACAGCCACCCACAGAGAUGUGACCGCUCAGCUCGGCUCUCACUUAGAAGAUUGUCCCUUCAUCGCACUAUACCAAUAUAUCACUUCCCGACCUGACAGAUCGGCAGCUGAGGACCUUUGGAUUCAGCUGGAGUUGGGGGUUGUCAGGUUCUUAACCCAGCUGUGUGCACAGAGACCUGCCAACUGGAGGGUUCUUGUUGAUUCUCCUUGUCAGUGCAACAGUGAGGUUGUCAAGACUCUGGUGGUGAUGUUGCAUCGGCAGUGGCUUUCCAUUACUGUGCAUGAAAGAAGUAUGGAGAGGAGCGAGUGUUUCUGGCUCAGCCCUCUUGUCCAGCUCUUCAGGGAGGGGGUGCUGCUGCUGCACUAUCUCUUCCAGAGAGACAAGAACUUCAGCGAGCACUGCCUGGAAGUGUUGCACCUGUAUGACCAGGUCAUCCCAGGAAUCAGAGACACCUUCUACAAAAUCCCACAGCUCGUGGAGAGCGAAAAAUUGGCGCUAGAAGAAAUGUGCCCUCCCGAGACAGAUGCGGAAGACAUGGAAAUGGACACUGGGCCCUAAUUUGACACUAAAGUUGGCCACAUACCAUUAUCGUCAAUUUCUAAGCUCUGACUUUUUAAUUUCGCUUAUAUCUUGGCCAAACAACAAUGUUUUAUUUCACAAGCUCAUGUUUUUUUUUUAAAUUGCCUUACCUUGCAAGACUCCUUGCUUUACCGUAUCAAGUAAGGCUACUUUUAUUUUAGUUUACUAGAAUGGUGCUUUCUUCCUGGACAACAACGUACUGAACCUUGUUCAUCAAGUUUUUUUGCUACAGUUCCGUUUGCACCAAAAUGACGUUUCUGUCAGUUACAUUUCUUAAGUAAGUAUUUUGUGAAAUAAAAUAUUAGUUUUGGCCUGAAUUGACACCUCUUGUACAGAAAUUUGUCAUGAUGCUGUUUGUAUUAUGUCCCUUGAAUACUGUGACCAUGAAUGAGUGCCUAACUGGGCUUGCCGUGUGAUGUAAUACUGGCUUGGGCAGCACUUUUAAACAGUAUGUGUGUGCUCAGAAUACAUAGUACAGGUUUGGACCAGUAUCUAAUUAAAUUAAAGUAGGAACAUCAAUUUUACCGUCAUAUUUCUGACAGCAAUAUCUGAUUAUUAACAUAAGUUCUAC